AUGGAUGAAUUUCUGGCGACUGUCGGCGUGCAGGCCAUGCGAUACACCAUCAGGUCAGCUGUUGGCUUGACUUCGACUUACGCGCUGAAACAGUGUUCACGCCUGCUGCAGUCUGUAGAUGACGAGCUCCUCUACUCUGAGCUUCGUACUCUGCAGAAGCUCCUUGACAGCAAAAUCAAGAUCAUUUCGCCCGCCCUUGAGCUUGUCGAAUUCAAGUCGGGCCGUGGGAAUGUGUUUCUUGAGUCGGCUGUUCCACUCACUAAAGCCUUGCAGCGUGAGAUCGCAUCGCUUGGUCGGAGAAUUGAGGGAGCUAUACAGGUGGAAAGCGAAACCGACAGAUCGAAUUCGUUUCGUUCGAAGCCGCAAGCCAAGAAACAUGAGCGGCUCCGCAAAGUGAUUGCCGACAUCAAGGCUUUGCUGGAACGAGUUGAUCGCGAAAUACCGCUGCUGCAACUCGCCAUCACCGCGUCUGGGGAAACACUGUCGACAUCGUUGCCUACAAACAUUUCACCAUCCCGACUUCUGCAGGCCAGCGCUCUGCUCAUAGUUGGUGACACGCAAUAUGCCCAGGAUCCCACCAGAGUCACUCAAAUUGGUCCGGCGUUUCAUCUAUCUCUUUACAUGCUAUUCCUCGGCCAUGCCUCUGUCGAUCCGCAAACAAUCGGCUCGACAAAAGACUCACAGCCGGUAUAUGGCGUUGGCGAGCAUGAUCGGAAGCCACUCUGGCAGGAAGUCGCCCACAAGACUCGAGUACGUCUCUGUCGAUCGUCGCGGGAGCCACGGCGCCAGGGUAUACGCGAUGAAGACUCGCCAAACUUGCUGGCAUCUCCGUUGAAAGGAGCGGGCCUUGAUUACGCCUAUCACCUGGAGAUCGUCGAGGACUUGGACGACGGGAGAGUGCACAAUGAGCCAGACUCGACGGGCGCCUACGAAGACAUUCCCAGAGCUGGCUUUCGGGAGUUGAUCCCGGUACACCAACUUGCAAAGAUUUUCUACACUGACACCGGCAAGAUCUUGAAUCUCGGGAACGAAAGGGACGGGGAGAAUAAUCCAGUCCUCCUCGUCAAAAGGGAUCUAGACGCAUCCCGGCUGUCUCCUGCUAUCACAGUCCACACUUUAGACAGCCUCGAACCCGGCCGCCGUGAACGAGAUGACGACAUGUCCGAAGGAAGUGUGGAGCACGAAAAUGACAAUGGAAGGCCUGAAGACGGCCCCCAGGAGGCACGUGCACGUGCGUCGUCGAGCUUCCCCUCGCAUCUCGACCCUGAAUGGAUCGCUUUCGAGGUAUUCGAAGCCGAUGAUGACGCAUUCGAUGAGACUGAGACGGAGGCGGGGUCUGAGAGUGAAUCGGAAGAUAGAAACUGCCCCCGAAUACCGACGGAGGUUGAACAGAAGGCCAGCGGUCGGUCCUCGCUCGACGCCAGAGUCGCCGCACAGAUUAGAAGCCUCUCGCUUCAGCCAAGCUUUGGCUCCAGGGCAGCUCCAGAUGGUCGGCGAUCGUCCACAGAAAGUCGAAGCACAAGAGGAGAAGAUACCUCAGAAGACGACUCGGAGUUUGUGGCGCGCUCGCCGUUCAAAGCAAUAACAUCGUCCCUGUCAUUGGUAGAGAUGCUCAUUCGACUGGCCAGCCUCCAAGAGUUCCAGCAAGCAUCGCACUUGUCAAUCCCGGAUCACAUCUUGACCUUCUUCCUGGAGGAAUCGUCCACGACUGGCCUCUCGGGCGAUGCACGUCAGGCGAUGCGUAGCAAAGCCAGACAACGCGUUGGCUUUGACCCUUACACCGAUAGCCCAGUUGAGCCAGGCUGA